AUGGAGGAUGCCCCUCCCAUUCGCCGACUGCUUCAAAAUGCAAGACCCGUGUUACAUCACCUGGAAGCCCAGCUGAAGCAAACGAUCUCUACUCACUUGAGAAUCCCCGAUACCGCUGCUUCUAAGGGCAAGCUUGCCGUCAAACCGUCAACGUAUGGCGAGAUUCUGCCUCGAAUGCUUAGGAGGAAAAAAGCGUAUCGGCCUUCUCUAGAUGUACUGGGCCUUGAGCUUAUUCUUUUAAUUUUCAAUAUGGUAUACGAAGAGAACCCGCGCUCAAUGGAUAAUCUCGUGCUAGUCAACUCGUACUACCAUCAUGCAGCGCGGUAUUGCCAGCAUAGAGAUGUAACGUUCCUCAUUGAAAGCCCACACCAGAAGAGUUUCCACGAUCGCCUGGCCUAUAUCGAGAAACACGGCUUGAUACCUGCCAUUCGAAGCAUAAGAGUGGAUGCCCCUGAAAUAGAGGAAGACGAAAAAUGUCUAGAUGCCCUAGUUCAGUUCAUGCAGAAAGCUACAGGACUAAGGGAUCUGGAAUGGUGGAACACAAUGUUGUACACACCAUCAAACCGGUAUCGGUCCCUUCCCCUACCACCUGUCGUGUCAGUCGGCAUUCCCGAGAAAGUCGUGUUCGCUCUACCGCUUGGGGAAAGCGUCCGACUUCAUACCACCAUUAGGUCACUUGAUCGUGCUGUUUAUCCUAUACCGGAUGUUCGGAUGCCUGUGUAUACCGCACCGCUCCUAAAAAGAAGUGACAGUUUGCAUUCGCUCAACAUGAUCUUCACCUACAAUGAUGAGGAAAGCUGUAUCAAGUUUGCUCAAAUUGCCAAACAAAUUCUCUUGUCCAGCCCAAACGUCCGAAAGCUUCGCAUUGACUUUGGGCCUCAGGGCGAGGAACAUCUCUCAUUUCCUCUACCUGGAAGCUACACCGGGCUUGGGUUCGUUGAUGGUGAACGACCCCCAGCGCUAGAGAGUCUUGAACUUAUCAGGUAUGAGUUCGGAUACCAAAAAGAGAUUGAACCAGGGUACAUCAGUGGCAGCCAUGUUGGCUAUCCUGGGAACGGACACGAGUCGGGCUACUGGGCUGAGGUUUUCGACUGGUCCAGGCUCAAGCGCCUAACAAUUGCGAACGUGGACUUUGCACUCAAACUAGCGCCGAAACUCAUCUCAAUCGAGCAUGUGGUCUUCGACAGACCCCGGGGUACCGAGAGAGUUAUAGAUUUCUAUGAAUCAGUCCCAAAUGCUCUACAAAGUAUCACAAUCCCCAGAUUCAGUGCCCUAGGCCUGGGUGGGAUCAUCAGGCAUGGUUCCAACCUAAGAGUACUUAAGAUUCAUCAAAAGGAGACAAAGACUUGGGCCGACGAGACCAUUAACGCAUCCUCUUUAUUAACAAUCCAACGGGAGUGUCCUCUCAUAGAGGAACUGGCUCUCGAUAUCAGUCGAAAUGGCGAUUGGCCUUAUGAUAUUCUUGAGGUCCUAGCGGGCUUCCCAAAGCUACGAAUUUUAACAAUCUGGUUCGAGAUGGGCUGGGUAGGCCGCGAACCAGAUGAAAUCGUUCGGCCGCUGGUGACCUAUCCUGCCGUUGAUGAGCUCUAUCGUCAUAUCUGCUUGAUACGCCCCCGGACAUUACCACCCCUGGGCACGCUCAAGGUAUACUGUAGAGGCGGCAAAGAAGGUAAUGAUUGCACUUUACCAGAACGUGUUUGGGCAGAUGUAAAUAUAUCCGGCUUCGUCUGUCAGCUCCUUGAGCGAGGUGAUGAAGCGUCCGAUCUUGUGUUCGAUAUAACUUGCCCGGAACUGAGCGACAAGGACAAUUUAUUUCUAGCACAGACGAGGAAACCACAAAAGUUGGGACGCUUCAAUCGAAAGCCUCGUCCCCAGGAUUUUCGGUUCAUGGGCAAAGUCGAAUUGGCGAUGCUUGGGCCACGUCCCUUUCGUCCACCACCUACUUAG